UGGCGGCGAUUAAUGUGAAAGGCGAAACGUUGUCGUAUUUGUACUUGUAAAUAAAGUAGUAGCUUCGUUGAAACAAUAUUACUCUUAAACAAAGAAAAGAAGACUUGUUACAAAGUGUAUAUUAUUCAGUGAUCAGUUGGGUGUAAUACAUAAUACAGUUUAAGUAGUCUUUAAUUUCACAAUAGACAAAACCCGUCUCAACGAGCACUCGAAGAGUCGAGGCCAUAUUUAUGAUGUUAUCUGUCGUGUGAGCGUCCUUUGAAACCACAUUGAUAAAUGGUUAUUCCAAACUAAUGCGAUGGAGUGUUAUCUGCAUAUGAAGAAUAUUUAACUUACUCAGUAUGACUUCAAGUGCUCCAAUUUAGUGGUUAUAAAUAUAUGUUUAUGUGUACAUCAAAUUAUGGAUGAAAGUGUGGACUUUUAUUAAUAAAUUACAUAAAUUAACACAACACAAAGCAACACGAAGGUGGUAAUGGAUCCAGUAGGACCAUGGUCAGCAUAUGCUUCGUACAAUCGGCUAGCAGGAGUACAAGCUGGUGCUGCAAGUGGGGACUUUCAUCAUCAUCUAGCAAGUGGUGGUACUGGAUUGGGCAGUCAGUCUGUGCCUUCUACAACAAGCCAGUUACUUCUUCAAGCAGCUCACACAACGGCAUCAUUAGCAGGCCAACUAGGGUCAUCAACUGCUUCUCCCUUUAAUCCUGGUGGAUUUCUCUCACCGCCUGCUGUGGGAUAUGAUGCAGUAUUCUCACCUUUGUUUCAUCAUGCAAAUCCAAAACCAGCACAUUAUAGUUCAUCACUUCAGGCUCAACAUCGUCAAGUGAUUGCACAAGCUCAAGCAGCAGUAGCAUCAAAACAGUCUUCAGUGGAAACUGAAAUAUCUUCAUUAAGAGAAAAUUAUUCACAUCAAACUUUAGCUGCACAAGGUUCUUCGUUUUUUGAUCAACCCUCAACUCCUGGUAGUACAACAGCAACAGGAUUAAGUUGGCAAGGAACAAAUCAACUUCCCAGUCCAUUUGGAAUUCUACCUCAUGAAAGUGUUGUGCCUUCAUCUCCAAGUCCUGCAACUACAAAGGCAUCAGCGACAUAUGAAAAUUUUAAUGCUCACUUUGCUGCUGCGCAAACUCUUAACAAUCACCUCAACUCUCAAAUUUCUAGUACUGGUAAACAAACCAAUAGGUCUGGCUCACCUGCUACUGCAUCUAAGCAACCAGCAUCUUCCUCAUCAUCGUCAACAUUUUUUCAAUCACCUUCAUCUUUUGGAAAUCAGACUGAUAAUUCAUACAGUACAAGUGGUGCAAAAAGUGGUCAACUAUCAUCACAGCAGGAUUAUGCUGGAAGUAAGUCCUAUUCAAGUUCUGCAAGUAACUCUUCUCACUCUCAGCAAUCGUGUAUUGUGUCAACUCCAUCAGUAACCUCUGCCUCCACACCUAGUAAAGAUUACCGUCCUUCCUCCACAGCGCCCUCAAGACCCUCUGCCUCGAUAUAUAGUUCCCAAUCUCCUAAAGGUGCUACUAAUGAAAAGAAUCCUCGUAGCUCAACUGGUAAUAGUAGUGGUUUUGUUUCUCCCACAUCUAAGCCACCAUUAAUACAAACAAAAGCACAAAGUAAAAUAUAUCCAGAACUAGGUAGUGAACAAAGAAAAAAUUGUGAUUCAAGUGAUAAACUUCAACCCCAAUCCAGCCCUAUAAGUUACUCUAUAAUGGAUGCUCCUGGGAGAAUGAACUAUAGUGGAAGUAGUGGAAGCUCUUCCAAGCCUAAUAGAAUUGGUUCUACUCAGUAUUCAUCCACACAGAGUUCAAGUUUUAGGCAUUAUCAAAGUGGUAACAAUGUUGAGUCAGAGUAUCAUGUUCGAGCAAAGAGUAGCUCUAGUACAGAUACUGGCUAUUCAAGCAGCAGUUCCCAAAAUGGUCCAGAUUGUAGUGUUGUAGUUACUAGAAGGCAAAGUCCUUUACAAACAGCCCCUCAAACGUCUCCUUUGGGGCAUGGUUCUAGUCCUGCAUAUCCUAUGUAUCAUAGUCCUAUGAAUUCUAUAAAUUCUCCACAGCAACAUGGAGAUCAUUAUAGUAAAGUUAAUACUGCACCAAGGUCACCACUUGAUGCCUCUGUUUCUUCCCGACCCCCUUCACAAAAUAGUCAAGUGGCCUACCCUUCUGUUAUUACUAGAGCAUUAGGUAUAGAACAAAGUAAAUCUUAUAGUGAAAAUAGAUAUGAGCGUAAUCAAAAUCAAAAUUCCAGCCAAAGUUGUUGGGACAAUGAAAGACAAACAAACAGAAAAUACAAUAGUAAUGGUAAUAGUAGUAAUACCAGUUCUAGUAAUUACAAUAAUAGUUUAUCUGAAAGCAAUACUCACAGUGAAAAGUCAACGUCUCAAUCUCAAAGUUCCUCAGAUAGAAGUUUAUCUGAUAAACACCAACACCCCUAUAUUGAUGGUAGUAAUGUAGCUUUGCAAGAUCUUUCCAGCUGUCGUGGUGACCCUAUGAGUAUAGUUAAAAACUUACAAACUUUACAACAGAGUUGUCAAUUACAAGAAGUUAAAGCUUCCAAAAGUCAAACACCACUAUCAAGUGUACCAGUGACUAGUAAAGUUGUUACUCGGCGAAAAAGUGUAGAAAAAGCUCCUCAUACAAAUAUGAAUGAAAUCUCAAAUGUUGUAAUGGCUGAUUAUUUAGCAAAUAGGAUCCCACCCCCGGCACAUAGUUCAACUAGUAACCAACAACAAAAUGGUUAUUUUGAUUUUGAAAGAUGGAAUCUCCCACCACCACCCCCUAAAAUGUUCCCCGGCACAUCUGCAUUUGGAUCUCAAGCUCCACUGCAUGCUUCAAAUUUUGCAAACCAACAUCAAGCUCUAGCGAUGCAACAUGGACAUGCACUUACUUAUUUUCCCCCUUUCCAUCUAGGUCCUCAUCCUGAUUUCCAAUCCUCGGUGGAGUUAACACCAUUAUCAUCGUUUAGCGAGACUCCACCUUCGGCUUCCUCAUCAUCUUUUUCGACACCAGAAACUCGUGAGGAGGAACAGCCUAAGGUGGUAGUACCUAAUAUAGAAGAAGAACUUGGUUUCCUUGCAGAACAACGGGCAAAUACUGCAUCGUCGGUAGCACCCUCUUCACAGCAGCAGAACAUUAACAGCACUUCCCAAGACGCUACUUCAAAAAUAAUGGAAAAAAAGUUCAAUGUUCCAGUCACGGGCCCCGGUUCAGGUUUCAUGGCUUCUUAUUUGAAAUUUUUACAAGGAGAGCGGGAUACAUCUCCCCCGCCGGCCGGCAGAGGCGCCAGGAAAUCGACUUGGUCGCGAACGACGAACAGUAACACGAACAAAUCGUAUACUAACGACCAUAAUAAGAGUCAGUGUGAGGCGAACACUACUCAACAAAGCGCCAACGGCGCAAUGGCUUCCAAUAAUGCACUAAACACAGGUAUGUCACUGAGCAACCCCGUCAUGAGUUCCGCGGCGAAUAUGAGCACGACAGGUUUGUUAGGCGCUAACCAAUUACACGGUGUGCCCUCGAAUAUUCUCGGCUCGCAAGCGAAAAAUGUAGAGUUAGACGAUCCCCGCUAUUAUAAUCUCAACAAAGAAAGAAAAAGAAAAUACGACGGGUCGGAGGAGGCCACCUACGACGCGGACGAGGAAGCCCGAAGGCUGAACAAACCGGUGCUGAACGUGCCCAGUACGCCUCUGAACGACAAGGGCAAGAAAGGUCGCACGACGACGACGAUGAGCAAGCCCACGCCGUCGGCGGUCGUGGCGCCUCAGCCGGCCGCGCCCAAGAAGCCACGAGCGCCUGCGCCGCCGCCCGUGGCGUCGCUGCAGCCCGCGCCGCAGCAGCAAUAUUAUUACCAACACCAGCCCGACGAAGUUACCGCGCACACAACGGGAUUGGCUUAUGGUACAUACGGGCCAGCAGACAAUGACGCUAACUCAAACAGGAAAUUACACCAUAUAAAAUCGCAUCAGCAAAUAUCGAGCUCAGGACAAAUAGAUAAUAAUAGACCCAUUGAAGAAAUGCCCUAUCAGUCUGGAGAAUUUGUUGCGAUAAAGAGUGAAUUAAACGAGAUGUGGCCGGCAAUAUGGAGAGUGGAUGGAAAAACUCUACUGCAAAAGUACGAGCCUUUUGAAGAAAACGGAAAAGUAUUAUACCGAAAUAUAUCAACGUAUGCUGCAUGGAAUCCUGAAAAUAAAAAACUUUACACCCAAGUUCCUGUUAAAGUUCGAUCACAAUCUCAUUUAGAAACAAUAGUCGAAUUAGUAAGAAGUGAGCUUCCGCUUGACGAUUGUAAUUUUAUAGAAAAGAGGAUGUUAGAAACUCAAAUGUAUCAAGAGAAUUUUGAAGUUUAUAUACAGACAUUAAUAUCGCACGCAUUGGAUCCCAACUUCUUAACGGAAAUAUUUCAAGAACAAGACGAAUACUUCCUAUCGAACGUGAAGACCGUGGACGAGGUGACGGAGACGAUGCGCACGCGCGUGUCGGGCGCGGCGGGCGGCGGCGCGGGCUCGAGCGGCGCGCGCGCGCUGGACGCGGCCGUGGCCACGUGGCCGGGCCUCAGCGUGGCGGCCGGCUCGGGCGUGUGUCGCGCCUGCGCGCGCCCCGCCGUGGCGCGCCUGCUGCUCUACGGCCAGCCCUACAACCCCGCCACGCUCGAGCCCGUGCAGCCCGACGCGAGACUCGCCUACGAAAAAGAAUUCCUUGUAUGUACGCCUUGUUGCGGGCGUGUGCAAUUGUAUUCAAGAAUAUCACAUCAAAAGUAUUUAAUGUAUGCCGAAUGUAGUAAGCGAGUAGCAGAAAAAAGGAUGCAGAACCCCAGCAAAGAUACUACGGUUAUUCUAAAUGAAUUACUAGCCGACGAAGUGUGGCUAUCUCAGUUGUUCCGAGACGUUCGGCACUCUUGGGCCGAAGCGGAGUCUUGGGAGCGCAAGAUGCGACACGCAAUGUCAAGACAAAUGAUUUAACGUUCAUAACAUGCGCCAAAAGUGUACAAAACACGCCACAAGGACAAUUCUUAUUUACUUUUUAUACCUGUGAAAUAUGUGCUGUAUGUAUGUAAUUUUUUUAUAUUUUUUUAUUACUCUUUACAUUUAAGCAUUUAAUAAUCUUUGUUCAAAUAACGUAUCUUUUAGCAAAUAAACAUCACGUAUUAAUAAUAAUUUGUUUUUUAAAUUCCAAACUAUCGACUAAUUUUGAUUGGCUGUUACUUAGUAUCAGUUUGUAAUAGUUAGGUGUGGUGCCAUUUUUGCUUAUAAAUAUGAUGCAAAAAUAGUAUACCAAUGUAGUGCCGUCGGGUUUCUGUAUGGUUUGUGAUUUUUUUCAUUUAUUUUAAUUCUAGAAUCUAGAUUAUACAUACAUAUUAAUUGUAUGUCUUGUCUUAGCUUGGGACAGCAGAGGUUAUAAAUACAUUUAUGAGUAAUAUUUUUAGAAACAAAAAUUAUUUUUUGUAAUUUAAGUUAAUUUUAUUUUAUAAGCAAAGGUGACCAUAACUUAUAAACGCCCAUUAUAGUAUUUUUCUUAAAAUGUAAUAAACUUAAAUAAUGUAAUAAAUGAAAAUAAAAUUUGUCAUAAAUAUAUUAAAUAUACUUAAAGGAAGUGAUAAAGAUGGUGAGGAUAAGUUACAAUUCAAAGGUCAUCUUCAGUCUUGAAAACAGAAAGGCCUUCUUAAAAUACGUAUUUCGAAAAAUGUAAAGAAGUGACGAUAUUAUUAGAAAGUCCCAUAAAUAUUUUUAUGUAAAUAAAUUAGAUAAAUUGUCAUUAUGUGCAAUGCCGAUCGGGAACAAAUGUUUUUUUUUUUUGUAAUGGAUCAAAACUGUCUUUUGAUUUGGAGAUUGAAAGAUUAUUAAUUUCCUAAGUAAUUUUCUUUCUUCAUUUUCUAUUAAAUUUAGCCAAUUAAAAAAUACCUAUACAAUACGCUUUUUAUCGAUAUUGAAUUUAUUUCCUUUUUUGUGACUAAAAUAACUGGUUACGCCACAUGUAUCCCAUAGCCGUUCACAAACAGUAAGUUGUAUGUUUAUUUGUUUUUCUCAAUUGAAACUAGAAUAUCAUUUCAAUCAUUGAACCACAAACUUCUUCCAUAUACAAACUUUUUGUAUAUAUAACAUUUAUUCAAGGAGGUAAUUAAAAUACCACAUUCCUAAAGCGGCCUUGAAUGUUUUAAAAAAAAAAUACUGAUUUAAAAGUGAUCCUUAAUUUUAAGUUUUAAUUGCCCUAAUUUAUAUAUGAACAAAACUGACGAUAUUAUACUUUCUAUAUUUGAAAUAAGUACAUUAUUAGAUAAUAUUUUGUAUAAUUGCAUUGGGUUGUAAAGGUUUAUAAGUAAAGCGCCGAUAAAAAUGCGUAAUUUUACACAUGGAUAAUAUUGUAAAAAAAUUAGGUUCUGAUAGUAAAGUUAAGAAGAACUUUA